AAGCUCCGUUAGGUUUUCAGAAGAAGAGGACCCGAUCAGCAGAAUAGAGAAACACGCAGGGGAGAUAACGGUGAUCCCUUCUUCCCUUUUGGUCUCCUCACAUGAACGCCGUGGAAAAGGGGACGCGCGUGUUUGGCUUUGUCCUGUAAAGUGUGCUCCUUCCCAGACUGAGAGGACUUACACCAUCAGAGGCGAUGAGAUGUGAGUGAGCUAUGCCUUGUGGAAAUGGACAGACUUUAACCAAGCGAAAACAUGGCGUCUGCGUCCCGAGGUUUAGCUUCUUCUCCAGUCUGCUUGUGGCGCUUUGCUGCCUGGAGGCGUGGGGCUCCGGGCCGCCGGGGGACGGCGGCAGGAGCUGCAGCCCAUGUCCCGUCAACUGCAGCUGCGCGCCGGCGGGGCCCCAGCCGUCCUGCGUCGUCAACUGCUCCAACAUCGGGCUGGAGAGGGCCCCGCCAGCGGCAGACAUCCCGCUGGCCACCGCCGUGCUAGAUCUUUCCAAGAACCACAUCUCCUCCCUUGAUACCAGCCUGCUAGAACGUCUCACUGGCCUCCGAGAGCUGUAUCUUCAAGGAAACAAGAUCAAUGUUCUCCCCAGAGGAGUAUUCUGCUGUGGGCCACUGUCAAUCCUCGAUUUGAGUAACAACCUCAUCACCGCCAUAGAAGAAAGAAUAUGCGACAACCUCUGCAAUCUAACUCAAAUCGACCUUAGCAGUAACCCCUUUGAUUGUGACUGUAAGCUGUUCCGGCUGGUCAGCUGGCUCCAGGAGAAUGGGGUGCGAGUCCGUCGGCCGGACGCCAUGCUAUGCAACCACCCUCCUGAGCUGCGCCACCAACCCCUGCUCAAUGUCAGCCUGCUCACCUGUGGUCUCAACUACGCAGCUUGUCUCGAGGACAGCAGCAGUGGAGGAGGGGGACGGAGUGAGCUUGUUAUCUUCUCUUCCUCCACACCGGGAAACUUCACGCGCGAGCAGUGUAACAGCGUGUGCUUUGCUGCGUCACACCGCUAUGGGGGUUUGGGGGCGAGGCAGGAGUGCCUCUGCAGCACAAACUCAGAGCCAAACUUCAUCAGCGAAUCUCAGUGUUCAGCCGCCUGUACAAACCCCCAUGUCAUGAAGGAGUGUGGGUGGACUCUGGCUCAUGACGUGUUUACGGUGGACUUCGCUGUCUCGCUGAAGACUCUCCCGCUGCAAAGUGUCCACGACAGCAUCCGUUUCUCCGCCACGUCCUCGGUCACUCCGGUGACGCUGUCCUGGGACUUUGGUGACCUGUCGUCCCGAGUCAACACGACAGAAACAGGGGUCACCACAGCAACUCACAAAUAUGCACUUCCGGGACAUUAUGCGGUCAGUUUGAUGGCCUGGGCUGGACACAAGGAGGUACGUACAGCACGCGGAGAAGUGACCGUUACACUUCCUCCCAAACUGGAGCUGCGCUGUCCACCUCUAGCUGUGGCCAAUAGGAGCCUAGAGAUCACACUUGUCAGCUGGGGUGCAGAUGGCGUGAAUGUAGACUGGAAGAUUUCAAAGGAUGGCGUCCAGGUUGCCAAAGCCUCCCCUUACUGCCCAAAGGAUGGGGUGUACCACGGCGAGUCCUCACUCUGCUUCCAGAUCGUUCCAGGGGAGUCGAGCUGGACAGACGCUCGCCAGCAGUGUUCAGACCACGGCGGGGAUCUGGCAAUAGUCAGGAGUGACGUGCUCCGUAACCUGCUGGCACCCAAAGUCACACAGGAGAGAGGUGCGUGGCUGGGCCUCAGUGAUGUCGACUCUCCAGGAAAGCUGCGCUGGCUGAACGGCUCAGCUGCGCAGGAGGGCGAGGAGGGCCCACCACCUCGGUCCACAAUCUCCCGCGGAAACGUGUGCGUGUCCCUCGAUCAGCGUGCUCAGACCAGUUCUCACCCAUGCAAUGCCAAGCGGGCCUAUGUCUGCCAGUACAAUCCCCAAGUGCGUGUUCCAGAUGCAGGGAUUUACACCGUGGGCCUGGCUGUGUUUCCCUCCCAUAAUCCUUUGCACCGCGCCUUGUCUGCUUUGCCCACUACUCCACAACCUCCCAGAGGUGGCAUAGAGGUGCUGUUGUUCCCAGCUCUGAGCUUUGGUCACGCGGGUCGUCUGUCCUCUCUGGAGUUUGUCACUCCGGACCUCCGUUCACAAAUCCACGUCCGAUUCCAGACCUACAGACCUCACUGUCAUCAUCCCGGCCUGCACCUGCUGCUGCCCAGUUGUGGAGGGCCAGCGUGUGCCCCAGUGGCUGUUUGUGUCCCUAAUGACACCAGGAGCGGUGAUCUGCCCUCUUGCCCCCGACUAGAGCAGUGGUGUCUCUUCCAGCACCGAUGCCUGCCCCUCCUUAGUCCCUGUCGGCCAUCUGCCUGUCCUAACUGCACACAGGGUCACCUCCUGCCCCCUGGGGCGCUGAGGCCCAGAUACACCCUGCAGGAUGAGGUGGUCUUCACUCUACCAGCAGGACCAGCUGCACACAUACUGGUACAAGAACACCUGGAGGAUCUGUUGGUUUCCCGUGGUGAUAUCAUCGCCUUGCAGCACGAUACUGGCCCCGCCUCCCUUCUCCGCUGCCAAUCUUCCCCACAUUCAAUGUGGGGACAACCUGUCUUUGCUCUCAACCAAUCAGAGUGGUUCUGGAUCAACACCGGCCAUGCAACAGAUACUUUGGCCGACCUUGGCGCCAACCCUCAGCCUGCCCCGGAGCUUGACUUCAAGGCCCUGAUGGAGGACGGUGAGGGAGGCUGGCUGGAGGAAGUAGUUUGCCCCAUCAGGGUGCUCUAUGUGGGACACAGUGAGACUCAGCUGCAGGGACCACAGUUGUCUGCUGGUCUACCCCAGACUGGACUCUACAGCCUGCUGGUGACUUCAGCUGAACCAUCAUACCCAGCAUCAGCAUCAUGCCCGUUGCGUGUGGUGCCUCCUCUGGAUUUGACGAUCCUCCACCCCCCUCCUCAGAAUGGCACCUUCUACCUGCAGCCCAACGACACCCAGCUGCUGCUCCGGGUCCGGUCACGCUACCUGACAAAAGCAUCGCGGCGUGGCAGUAAUCAGAGUGUGACUUUCCAGCAUGACUGUCCUGAAGAGUUUUCUUCUAGUCCAGGAGUCUGUCAGCCCGGGGCGCGCUCAGAGUCAGGGGUCGAGGUCACAGAGCCCAGCUUGUAUGCAGUGCUGGAUCUGAGCUUGGGCACGGAGGAGCAGAGAAGUCCAGUGCAGGUGGAGCUGGAGGCCCAUAAUAAUGUGACGGAGGCCAGCCUAUCUGUGGUCGUCCGCCUGGAAGAGCCGCUCACAGAACUGGUGGUGCAGCCGCAUCCUGCACACAGGGUGUUGAUGGAGUCAGUCGUGAGCUACACAGCAUCAGUGCUUGAAGGCUCCAAUCCCACAUUUAAAUGGACAGUGGAUGACAAGCCAUACUUCACCUAUUACAACACUGUCCUCAAUGUCAUCUACCAGCACGCUGCCACCUACAAGCUCACGGUGACGGCCAUAAACCAUGUCAGCACCCUCACGGAGCAUUUCAACGUGACAGUGGACCGGCUGCAGCCCAUGGCCAACCUCACAGUAAAGGGUGUGCCAGAUGUGGUCCCUCAGGGCUCCACGCAGACUCUCACCACCUCUGUGCUUGUCGACGUGUCUGUGGCCGCCACCUUCCGAUGGUCUUUUGGUGACGGCGGAUAUAAGGAAUUUGAAUACAAGCCUCCCUACGCCCCCACCCUCCUCUGCCCAGACUCCCCCAAUCAGGUCCUUCUAAGCAACAACGUCAUCUAUAUUUACUCUCAGCCAGGAAUAUACACAGCAUUGGUGUCAGUGUCCAAUCGUUAUGAGAACAUCAGUCAGAGCAUCAACAUGAGCGUCUACAGCAUCCUCACUCGUGUCGAUAUACAAACGGAGCCUCUACUCCUCCUCACUGGCAAAUCAGCCGAUUUUGAGGCUCACCCUCUGCCCUCACCCUAUGGCAUUCACUAUGACUGGCACUUUGGAGAUGGUUCUGCCCCGCUUCAAGGUCGUCGCGUGGCACACACCUUUGCCCAGGGUGGCGUGUUUAAUUGCUGCGUAUCGGUUAACAACACCAUCAGUUCUAUGGAGGCUUGUGCCAAGAUGUUUGUAUAUGAGGAGAUUGAAGAUUUAACAGCUGAAAGCUCCUCUCCUACAGAGCUUCACAGUCUUACCACAGUACGGGCACACCUUGCAUCAGGUAAUAACAUCACAUGGACAUUCUCAAUGGGAGAUGGGACCAUCUACACACAGUCCGAGCCUGACGUGUCACACAGCUAUAUCAAAGAUGGCAACUACACAGUGAAUGUGACAGCCGCAAACGCUGUGAGCUCUGGCUGGACAAUCCUACCGGUGCAGGUGUUUGUCUUCCAAGUUGUGAAGAUGGAGCCGUCUGGAUGUCUCCAAGAGCAGACCCCCGUCAACUUUCAGGCCUGGGUGUCAGGUAACGCCUCGGCUCAUAUUUAUGAAUGGAGCUUCGGGGACGGAAGCCCAAACGAGACACACCACGGCAACCCUAGAGUCUCGCACACCUACUGGACAAGUGGGAACUACCACCUCUCUCUGCUUCUUUCCAGCGGAGCAAACAAGGCCAGCAAGGCAAACUUCUUCAACUGGGUGUGUGUGCAGCCAGCGUUAACUAACAUCAGCCUCAAACUGCAGAAAUCACACUACGCUGUUGGGGAGGAGAUCCGGUUCCAGGCCAGAGCCGAGCCAGAAUUUAGCUACAGCUAUCAGUGGGACUUUGGUAAAGCGAAAGACCUUGUGCUUGUCAGUGGCUCUGGGAAUAUCCUGACAACGUAUAAAAACCCAGGUCAUUACAGUGUGACAGUCAUUGUCUUUAAUAACAUCUCCACCAGUAACACCAGUGUUGUGAUUGAGGUUUUGAUGCCCAUCGGUCCAAUUGUUAUUCAACAUAAUGGCACUAAAUACAAUAACCUGACCCUUAAAGCACCGUACGCUUUCACAACAUCUUCCAUGGCGUCCAAUGUCACUUAUGUCUGGAGCUUCGGAGAUGGACAUGUGCUUACAGGCCAGAAUAUCCUCCAUAACUUCAACAUCUCUGGAAACUACAAUAUUACACUGGCAGCAUCCAACACAGUUAGCAGGAAUCACACCACUUUACCUGUUGCUGUGCUUGCAUCAAUCCGCGGAUUAACCGUCAACGCCAGCUUGGUAAAUGUCCCUCUCAAUGCCUCGGUCCACUUUGAGGCCCAAAUGGAGGAGGGAGAUGGUGUCCGGUUUUCUUGGAUCUUGUGUGACCGUUGCACCCCAAUCCCAGGGACACACACCAUGUUCUACACCUUUCGCUCCGUUGGCACUUUCAACAUCAUUGUGACAGCGGAGAACGACGUAGGAGCGAAACAAGCGAGUAUCUUCCUGUAUGUCCAACGUGAGCUGGAGGGGCUGCAGAUUUUAGCAGAGGAGGAGAGCAGAGGAGCCGGAGGCACAGGAUCGGACGCUUGUUGCUUUGCUACAAACCGCGUUCUCCACCUUCACGCAGGAUUAAAGGAAGGAACCAACAUGACGUUCACUUGGAGCCUUAUCAAAGAGCUAGACCCCCUCAGCUCAAGUUUCAACAUAAGCGGGAAGACAGUGGAGGUGAAUUUCUCCAGACCAGGCCCAUGUGACAUAUUUCUCCGGGCAGUCAACCUCCUGGGCAGGCUGUCCGUCAACAGAACCAUCCACCUUCUGGAACCAGCUGCAGGCGUGGACCUGCAGAUCAGCGACAACCCAGUUGCAGUCAAUGCUCCAACUAACCUGACAGUACUGAGUGUUGAAGGCUCGGACCUGCAGUACCGCUGGUCUGUGAAUGGGGACCCUUUGAAGGGGAACCAGCACUGGAAGACCCACGCCUUCAUCAGUCCUGGCCUCAAGCUAGUUAGUGUGGAAGUGUUCAAUGAGGUUAGCUCAAAGGUUCAGUCAAAGACAGUCAGUGUCCAGGAAGUCAUUUCUGGUGUAAGAUUCACAGCUACCAAUGUGAUAGAGCGGCGUUAUGUAGCAACAGGGGUCAACGUCUCGCUCCAGGGGGAGGUACUGACAGGAACCAAUGUGACGUGGACAUGGCAGUUGAAAGGAAGAACAGAAAUGGGUAGGAACACUUCUCUUGUUUUCCAGGAGGCCAAAACAGCCAUCGUUACUGUGAAUGCGACCAAUGACGUCAGCGGGCAAGUGGUUUCCAGGGAGUUCUUUGUUCAGGACAAGAUUCAGGGGUUGGAGCUGAGGGCGAGUAAAACCAUUGCAGCAGUCGGUGAGAAGGUGAACUUAACUAUAUCUAUGGCAGCGGGCUCGGACGUUUGUCUCAUCCUGAGCAUCAGCGGAGAUGCCACUGUUAUCCUUCAACCCAACCAAACCUACAGUCACACAUUCAGUCGGGUGGAUACGUACAUGGUGAAUCUCACUGCUCACAACCAGGUGAGUUUCAAGAGGCGGCACCUCCAGGUGGAGGUGAUGGAGCCGGUGCGUGGACUUUUCAUCCAGGGAAGCUGUGCCGCGAUCCCUGUGGGCGUUAAGAGAUUGUUUGUAGCCAACAUCCUGACGGGCAAGCCUGUUCAUUUCUUGUGGACUUUUGAUCUACACCACCUUCACAAGACAUCGCACAUGGGCAAAGAGGUGUUCUACACGCCAGAAGAACCAGGUAUAUUGACCAUCUACCUGAAGGCCCUCAACGCACUACAUGCUCAGAACGUCACCAAGCACAUCCUGGUGCAGAACCAGCUGAUAGCAGCCGUUCUGCAUGCGGCGCCUGUGGACACCUUCAUCAACAAGACGGUGACCCUGAUGGCAAAUGUCACACCCAGAUCUAAUGGCUUGGAGUGCUUGUGGGACUUUAGCGACGGCUCUACUCCUGUUCACACAAACACCACAACUGUGGGUUAUGAGUACAGAUACCCAGGACACUACUUGGUCCAAGUGAACUGCAGUAACCUGGUGAGCUGGGUGUUGGCCCAGGUGGAGAUACACAUCAGUGUCUUAGAGUGUGAGGAGCCAGAAGUGCAGGUGGUUCAAGCCCCUCGUCUGACCAUCUGGCGCUACCAGCCCACUUUGGUGGAAGCUAGUGUGGACCUGAAAGGCUGCCUUCGCUACGGAGCCCAGUACCUCUGGCAGAUACUCGCCACACCCUCCUGUGAUAAUGACAAAGGCCCCUGUGUUCCCUCUGGGGUGGCAACUCAGCCCUAUCAGUCUUUGCUUGUCCCAGUAAUUCGCCUGCCGGUGGAGGUGGAUGUGCGGCGGCUACAGCUGUCGUUGCCCAAGAUGGCUCUAGCUGCAGGGAACUACACCCUGGUGUUCUCUAUGUCCUAUGAAGGCGUGCCACUAUGGAAGGCCGCCUGUCUGCAGCUCAGCGUCAUGGCUACCAGGCUGAUGCCCAUCAUAGAGGGGGGCACAUACCGGGUGUGGUCGAGGACUCAGGACCUAAAGCUCAGUGCUGUGCAGUCCUACGAUCCCAACAUGGACCCCGACAGCCAAUCACUACUCCACUACCACUGGGAGUGUCAAAGCACUUCGAAGGGUGCAGAGCACUGCUCCAGUCUGAACUUCGGACUGGGCACCAGCGAUCCGGUGCUGGGAAUCUCCGGCUCUGAGCUGGAGGCGGGCGUUGAGUACACUUUCAGACUGACCAUCAGCAAAGACGGCAUUGCACCAGAGUCCACCACACAGACGGUGCUGGUCCAGAGUGGCCAUAUUCCCACGGUGUCUCUGGAGUGUGUGUCCUGCAAGGCCCAGUCUAUCUACGAGGUCAGCCAGAACUCAUACGUCUACCUCAGAGGAACCUGCACCAACUGCCAGGGCUUUCACCGUGGGCGCUGGAGUGCCAUGACGCUGCAGAACCAGACUCUGGUCCUCGACUCCUCCUCCACCACCACAGGAAGUGACGGCAUGAAUCUGGUGCUGCGGCAGGGCGUCCUUCGCCACGGAGACUCCUACAACUUUACCCUCCAUGUGACUGACGGCAGUCUGGAUGGCGAUGGCGCCGCCUCCAUCACUCUGCACCACAACAUGCCCCCGGCUGGUGGGGAGUGUCACCUGAGAGGGGGAGGGGAAGCGGGAAUGGAGUACGGGGAAGAUGGCGAAGGCUGGAGGAUACGCACACUGUUGGACCGGGUGCACUUCAACUGCUCAGGUUACAGUGAUCUGGGAGUCUCCGAGACUCCUCUGCUCUACGUUUUAUUAGUGACGCGUUGCAGAGACGACUACUGCGAGGACUUCUGUGUGUACAAAGGCAGCAGCCCGGAGCACUCGGCCUUCCUGCCCCCAGGUUUCAGCUCAGCCCGUCAUCGUGUCGCCGUAUCCAUCACGGUGGAGGACCACCAGGGUGCUGCCAUCACUGCACUCAACAAGUCCAUUGAAGUUGUGCUGCCAGACGCGCCACCUGACUACCAGAGCCUUCCCCAUUGGCUGUCUGAGCUGACAGACAGCAAGCUCAAAAAGCUGUUAGAGCAGGGAGACUCCCAGAGGGUCCGAGAGUUAUCGUUGGCUCUAAUUACAGUGCUGAAUGAGUAUGAGCAGACCAGGGAGUCGGCGCACGUGUCCCCACAUGAGCGCGGUUACCGAGUCAGAAUCCGCAGCAACAUCACCAGAGCGCUGACCGCUCUCGACCUGAUCACUGUUAAUGACAUCCAGCAGACCUCCGCCGCUUUGGCUCAGUGCACGGCGGUGAGUCGAGAGUUCAUAUGUGAGGAGUGUCAGAACAGCACCCUGAACAAGCUGGAGUCCAUGCUUGAGAUCCUGCAAACGGACACCAAGCAGGGCACCGUCACUCCCACUGAGAUAGCUGACAACAUCCUGAACAUCAUGGGUGAUCUGAUCCAUCAGGUCGGCCAGUCAACAUCCCAGUCUUACCUCCAGCUUGCCUACUUGGAUUCCCACUCACAUCCCUCCACGUCCUCUUUUACCUUCUCCGGUGAGGAGCAAGGAGGCCCCCCUUUAGACCCCUCUCCCUCCUCGCUGGAGCCGCACCCUCUGCGAGUGGCGGCCAAGGCUUACAGCCUGUCCUCGGUCCUCAUGCGGAUCCUCAUGCACGCCCGUGUGCUCAACGAGGAGCCGCUUGUGCUGAGGGGAGCUGAGAUUGUUGCCACAGGAAAACUGGCGGACCCCCAGAGCCUUCUCUGCUACCAUGACAACAACAGUCCAGAGUGCCAGCGGUUCUCCAUCCCCCGAGCAUUUAACGACAGUCUUGGCAGGGCUGCAGCCGGAAACAGCAUUAUGCAGCUACUGUUUCAGGUGGAGUCAAACCCCUUCCCCUUCAACUACGUUGCCAACUACACCGUCUCUACUGAGGUGGCAUCCAUGGAGUUUCGCACUGAAAAUGGCACCCAGAUUCCCAUCUCCGGGCUGGACGAUAGUCUAGCCAUCACUGUUGCUAUUAACAAUGGAAGUAUUGGAGUAGAAGCAGAUGCUGAGGGUUCUGGUACCAGAGGAAUCCCCACAGCUGGAGCUGUUAACAUCAGCCACUGUGACUCCAUCAUCGUCAAGGUCAGCACGGGAAACACCAACAGAGAGGCGGGGAUGUUUGUGCAGCUCAACUUCACCACUCUGCCGGAUGCCAGACAGAAGAAUAAAAGAGAAGAGGAUGUGGAGGAGCCAUACAUCACAGCCUACCUUCAUUCACAUGAAAGACCCAAUGAGUUCAACUGCACAGACAAAAAACGCAUCACACUCGGUAUGACAAGGGGCCAAGAUCUCGACCACAGGAAAUACACCUUCUUCCUGUCGCCAGAGACGUACGACACCACGCUGGACUACUUUAUCAACGUGAGCACGUCCUGCAGCCCCGACUCGCAUCCUGCGGGUGUUCGCCUGGAGGUCGGGGUGUUUGCUUCUCUGUGUCAGUACUUCAGUGAGAGUGAAAAGCAGUGGCGGACAGAUGGCAUGGUGCCCCUGGCAGAAACCAAUGCCAGCAGAGCAGUUUGUCGCACCAGGCACCUCACAGCCUUCGCCGCAGGCCUAUUUGUACCGUCCAACGCCAUCAGCUUUAAAGUGCCAGAGCGUUCCGGUGCACCAAGCCUGGUUGUGCUGUUGGUGUGUGUGUUGGGCUUACUAAGCUAUGUUGUGGCAGCAGCCCUCUUGCACAAGUUGGACCAGUUGGAUCUACGCCGGGCUGGUGUGGUUCCACUCUGUGGCCAAGACGGACUCUUCAAGUACGAGGUCCAGGUCAAGACUGGCUGGAGCCGCGGGGCAGGCACCACGGCUCAUGUGGGAAUCAGUUUGAAUGGGCGCGAGAGCCGCAGCGGACACCGCCACCUCGACAGCAGAGGAGCUUUCACGCGCAACGCUCUCGACAUUUUUCAUAUUGCCACAGACACCAGCCUGGGCAGUGUCUGGAAAACACGAAUUUGGCACGACAACAAGGGUCUGUCUCCAGCAUGGCUGCUACAGUACGUCUUAGUCAAAGACUUGCAGACAGGAAGCAGCUCCUACUUCCUGGUUGAGGAGUGGCUUUCUGUCGACAAUGAGAGAACUGACGGACAGGUAGAGAUUGAGGUGGAGGCCUCAGAGGAGGCUGUGCUUCUACAGCUGCCCCGUCGUCUGCGGUGUGAGCUUCAGAGGGCGCUGUGUGAGAGUCACCUUUGGCUGUCGCUGUGGGAGAGGCCCCCCCGCAGUCCGUUUACCCGCCUGCAGAGAGCCACGUGCUGUGCUGUGUUACUGCAGCUCUUUGUGAUGGCCAACACAUUGUGGUACAGCAUUGUGGUGGACAAGAGAUACAGCCCGCGGGCCGUGUCAAGGCUUUCUUCAUUGAAUGGAGAGACAGUGGCGGCCGGCGUGGUGACCUGUCUGAUCGUCUACCCGCUCUACUUGUUCGUCUUCACGCUCUUCAGAAUGAGCCGCAGCAAGUGUGUGUCGGUGGAGCAGGUGCCACCUCAAGUGGAUCAGGAGUCGGUGGAGAUUGAUGACUUCCUGGAUGACUCCAUGGCUGGAAGUUCUUUCCUCUUUUUUAAUGGCGAGACCAACUCAGAAGAAACCAAUGUGGAUUUGCCCACUCCAUCAACCAAAAGUGGGGAGAGUUGGGGCAUGGCAGAAGACGAGAUGGAGGACAGCGAUUGGCCAGAGCUGUUGAGUGAUGUGUCUGUGGUGGGAGGGGCGGGGCAUGGGGCAGGGCUGCCCAGGCUGAAGAGGGGUCAGGGGAGCAGGCACCUAGGUGUCGACAUGACCUUUAACCCUGACGAUGAGGAGGGGACUGACCAACGCAACAAAUAUUUCACCUCUUCGGACGAGGAUCUGAUCAAACACAUCCUGGCAGAUGGACAAAACUUCUUUCCUCAGACAGAUGAAAGUGAAAUGGCUGACCUGUUGAGCAUUUUAGGAGAUAAGACGGAAGUGAUUCUCCGCCAGAAGCUGAAUGAGCCUCUCCCUCUAGAAUCUGUGAGAAGAGACCCUCCAAAAACUGCUUUCAUCUCAAAUACAGUUGUGACAGACGUGUGUCGUCCCCGGAGGUUUCCUCCCUGGUGUGGACGUGCCGCCCUGUGGGGCAGCUGGGCGGGGAUCGCUGUGGCAAAUGGCGUUUCGAUUUGGGCCGGUCAUGGGUUCAGUCAAAGCAUAGCCAUGAUGUGGCUCAUCUCCUGUUUCGGCAGUUUCCUGUGUUCCUGCCUGCUGUUGGAGCCGGUUAAGGUGUUGUGCGAGGCCGUUUACUAUGCAGUGUGUGUGCUACGUCUGCGUCCAGAGGAUCAGGAUGUGCUGGUGGAGUUCCCCCGGCUGGAGAGAGUGGUCCAACGGGUCCACAGGGUGAGUCCUCCACAGGGCUUCGCUCUGUCUCAGGCUCGGCACCAGGCCCGCAAGGUCCGCAUGCUGCACACCAUGCUGAAGAAUUUCCUGGUUUACAUGUUUUUCCUGUUGGUGGUUUUGAUACUCAACUACUCCGAUUCGGCCAAAGAUGCACACAGCCUGAGACUACGCACCCAGCUGCAAGGAGCACUACACACACCUGUGUACCACAACAUCAGCAGCCGAGCUGAUGCUCUAAUGUGGCUGAAUGAGUCACUGUUGCCACAGAUACUGGAUGACUCUGCCCUCUUGAGAAACACAGGAAGUGUGUUGCUCGGCACGCUGAGGCUUCGUCAAAUCCGUGACACACAGGGUAGUUCCAGGGCAGGGGGCAGUAUUUUGGGAAAGGGUUGGGUUCCAGCUCCGACCAAAGACGCUGAGAAUGUCACUGCUUUCGGAACCAGCGAUGCAAACGGGGCGUGGCUUUUGGGGAUGAUGAGGGAGUCUAACGGGGGAGAUGUGAUCCAGCAGUUGAACAGAAACCUGGCGGAGGCGUCCUCCUCCUUACAGCAGCUGCAGAAGCUGCACUGGCUUGACUACAGGACCCGUGCUGUGUUUGUGGAGUUCUCGCUCUACAACAUCAACACAAACCUCUUGGCUGUUUUCUCCUUCCUCAUUGAGUUUCCAGUUUCUGAGCGCGCCCAGUCCAGCCUUGACCUCCUAGUCGUCACUCUGUGGCCAAUCACAGGCCUGGAUUUGCAGCUCCUUCUCAUGAUCGUCCUCCUCGGCCUGGUGUUGUAUUUCCUGUUGCGGGGGAUCUUGGGCCUCCUUAGAGAAGGCCAUGUGUACUUGCUUUCAACCUGGAGACUCCUGGGCAUCUGCAAACUGGUUCUGGCAGUGUCUGUGUGUGGGCUGCACCUGAGCCGCUGCACCAUGGCCACGCAACAGUGGGCGUUGUACCUGAAGCACCCUCGGGACGCCUUCACGGACUUCUACCCCCUGGCCAGACAGAGUCAGAUGUACACAGCCAUGUCUGCCCUGCUGCUGUUCAUACUGGUGCUCAAGGCGUCCCACCAGUUGCGGUUUCUCCGAGAGUGGGCCGUGUUUGGCAGAGCUCUGCGGUGCUCCGUCUGGGAGCUGCUGGCAGUCGCCCUGGCAUUGCUGCUGUUGGUGCUGGCGUACUCACACACAGGACACCUGCUCUUCCACUCAGUAUAUGACGGCUACAGAAGUGUGAGCGCUGCCUGCCGGUCACUGUUGGGUGCCGAUGGACGAGGCCUCCUCUCAUGGCGUCCUAGCUGGACAGUUACGGGUCCCUCGAGCACUGUCUUUGCAUUGGUUUUCCACACGAGCUUCGCUGUUCUCCGGCUUGUGUUGCUAUGGUUUGUCACCUCUGUGUUACUGAGGAACUACCGGCGUGCACGAGCGGAGCUGUACCGUCCAGCUGUGGAUCUCCAAGACUACGAGAUGGUCGAGUUGUUUCUCAGACGCCUCAAAAUGUGGAUGGGACUCAGCAGGGCCAAGGAGUUUCGUCAUAAGGUGCGUUUCGAGGGCAUGGAGCUGCCACCUUCCCGUUCGUCCUCCACCAGCGACUGUAAGUCCUUAUGCUUGCCACCACUGGACGGUUCCGACUCCUCUCCCACCCCAGACGGUGUCGAUGCGGGUUCUGAGGCCUCGUGGCGUCCUGCCUCCUCCAGCCCCUGCAGCCUGACAGAAGCCCCGGGGAUCGGCCUGGGACUGGGGUUGGGCCUGGGUUUGGGGCUCGGUCCGGGAGUGGUGAUGGGAAGUACCAGCUGGAGGGAGAGAACAGAGACUGAAGCCUCUCUGAGGAGGCUCCUGCCCACCCUGGAAGCCCUGCUGCAACAGCUUGACCGCGUCACCAUGGCAACAGAGGAUCUGUACCACAUUGAGUGUAGAAUGGAGCAAACCCAGAGGAAAAGGAGGCGGAGAGAGAGGGGAGGUGGUGGUAAGGGAGGGAGGAGCGAGGCAGGACAGAGAGGAAAAGGUGAGGACAAGGGCUCUGUUGGAUGGAGAGAACGAAAGAGUGGCAAGGAAAAACACAAAGGGAGCAAAAAAGGUAAAAAGAUGGAUAAAAGUGAAGGUCGAAAGGACUGUGGAAACACUGUUGCCAACCACAAAAAGACUCCAGUAGCCGCACCUGUUCCCUUUUUAAAGCCCAGACCAGCCUCUGCCACUACACAUACGCCCGCUCCUCAAUCAUUAGCCAAACCCUCCGUCAGUGCACCUCCCCCGCCAUCGGUCACCGAUAAAUCUGCCUCUGACGCCUCCUCCCUCCCCGUCUCAUCAGCAAACACUGCCCCUUCCCAUGUCCUGCUUUCCAAAACACCCUCUGCACCCAAUUGUACCCCUGCACCUACACCUUCCUUGCCCUCUACCCCUGCUCCAACACCCAGUGGCCGGGACUGGGACCCCCUCACAGAGAGAGAGAUCCUCCCCUCCUCCAGCCUGUUCAACCACCCAGCUCACACUACCACCAAUCCUACACGCAAGCGAAAAUGCAAACCUCCACCCCUCAAAAACAAGGUGCACCCCAAAUCCUGAGGUCUCUGGAUAAAGGGACAACCAGAAGUGCAAGAUGGUGGAUUAAAAAGUCAAGUAAAUGUUGGGUUAUGGAUGAGAGGAGCACAGGGGCAGCAGGUUCUGUCCCCCAGGUGCCCCUCUCCAAACCCAAGUAGUGGAUGGGAACAAAUAGGGAAUAGCACAUGAAGGAACCAAGAAGAAUCACAAAGACAAGCAGUUUGGGGUAAUGAAAGAUGAACAGAGAGCAAUACAAUAAGACUUUGCAGGUUUACAAUAAGUGAUCUGUCCAAAUCCCAGUUCAGGUCCCUCUCAGAACCGAGGUGCAGGUCACCAGACGCUAACUGAGCUGGUUUUGUCAGCCAUGUAAAGGUCAACAUUGAAACCAAGAAAUACUCCUUUUCCUUAUUUCACCGAACUAAAACUGAUCCCAGGUGGCCCUGGAGGUCACAUGGGGUCACUGACAGGAGCACACGAACGUGCUCACCUAAAGAUUUAACCAACUGAAAGCAGACAAUGCAAUCAGUCUUUUUGUGAUUUCUCAGUUAUGUUGUCCGUCUACAUAUUUUUCGUAUUGUAUAUUUUGGUCACCAUGGGUAAUUGUGGCCUGUUUGAAAAUAGUCCUUUUUUUAUGAAUCCAAAUUUGCAUGCAGGCACACACAGUUAUACGCACAUGCAGGUGUACACAUGCAUGGAAAUAACACUGUAGGCACAGACCCGCUAAGUGUAAUGUGCCGUACACUUCAGCCCACUGAGGGACAAGAGAAAACCAAAUGAAGCAUACACACACACACAAGGUUGUUGGGAUACCAGCAGCCAGUUUUUCAGGGUGCAGAUAUAACCGUUCUCUCCAUGCUGCAGAUGUACGUAGAAAGGAAAAAGAUCCAAAGGUAAAUGGAAGCAAAGCGUAGUGAGUGGGGGUAGUGGAGAACAAAGUAGCGCUGGAGUUUUAGCAAGAAGCUGUAAAGAUUAGAUGAUGCUCAGUGGAAAAGUUUGGUUGUACAAUAAGCAGGAAGGAGUUGCAGGAAGGAGUUGCCUUCACUUAUACAGUACUGAACUUUUACACAAGUUCACCCAUCAUAAAGCUAUACUGAAUCCCAGUCUGAUUAGCUUUUCUCAGUGUUGUGAUUUAAAAGCACUUUUGUUCAGAUGUACCGUAGUUGUUUUUUGAUGAGUUGUGUUAAGUAAUAAGCUUGGUGUCCAAACCAAUAGAGAAAGCUUCACUCAUACUGUAUCUUAACUAUAAACGUUGCCAAAGCUUAUGCGUCAUGUAUGCAUUCAGAGUGUUAUCAUACCAAGUAAUUCAUUUUGUACUAGCACUUUAUUUCCUAAUGGAGCUGUUAUGCCAUGUAUAACUCCUGUGUCAAGUUUUUAUUUACAUAUCUUAAGACAUUACAGCAACGUCCUAGUACGUGUUAUUGAGGUGUGAAAACCACAGCCAGCAGUUUUGUCUGCUCUUGGUAGUUUUGUUGUUAACUAUGUUUUUGUUUCUUAUUUUGAAAAUCAUACGUAAUUCGUGUGUCCAGUGGGCAAAUCUCAGGGAACCCACCUUUCCCCCCCCCCACCUCCCCCACCCAGCCUGGAAAGACAACCAGGAAAACCAAAACUGGGGGCAAAAUGUUUGUUAAUAAUAAUAAUAAUAAUAAUAAUAAUAGGAAAUUAUAUAUUAGAUGGUUAAAUCAUGUCUGUUUUAUAAUUCCUUGUAGAGUUGCAUGUCAGUGCCAUUUUGCUGUUUAAAGGAUAUGAAAAGGCAUAUCUCUUCCAAUCAAACCCCAGCGUUGCACAACUUAAUGCUAAAAAUACUAACGCAAUAUUAUUAUUUUGAAACAUUAUCUCACCUUAUUCCUGCCCAUUUACAUGUAAAAGAUCUCUAAUUUUUUCACCCGGCCCUGCUUCAUCUGUGUUUGUACAUUUCUGUAUAUAUUGGUGCUUUGUGGUGUGUAUAUUUUUGCUUUUCAUGAUCAGCAUUGUUUAUGUGCUGCAGUGGCAUAUGCAUUAGGUCAAGCACUGGUGUUGCAAAGCCCAAAGUUGUACAUGUCUCCAAUCUAACUGAAGCACGACAGCCAAAGCCAUCAAUGCAUUUAAUAGAAAUCUUUGACAAACCACAGGAAGCCGAGUGGUCAACAUUCUGUUCCUGCUCUGCGUGUAACAAGAUGGCGCCAAAGCCCGUUGUCUUUGUGUUGUAUUGUGUAUUUUGCUUUAAAAUAGUGUCACUAAUUUGUCUAUGCUCUCAUCUGUAUCUCAUAUCUGUAUUGUUGCAGUUGUAGCACUUCUCCUGCUUUUGCACUUGACAAAGUCGAAUAAAGCGAUUGACAGCUGA